AUGUCCACCCCGCCGAGUAUGAGAGCGAGUGCGUCUUCGAUCGGCCCGCCCUCUCCGUUACAGAAUGCCAUCGACAAUGGCUCCGACGAAGUACCCGGGGGCCCUCUUGCAGGAAUCCCAGAUCUCAAAACAUAUGUCGCGGAAACAGAAGAGGAGAAGUUGGCUGCGCUGAAGCUGGUCGCAGAUGGUAUCGCACAGACCCGGCAGACAGCCAACCGCAUCCUGAUGUUUCACCCUGUCAACUUUGGCAUUUUCCUUGCCUUUAUAGCCUUUGUCGGCCAAUACCUUUACAAGUCUCGUGGUUCCGACCUCGGUAUUGUCAUUACAACCUCUUCGGGACUGAUCAUGGCUGCUAUGGUCACAGUCCGUCGCUACACCAAUCCAUACAUUGCACUUGCCGAAGAGACGCAUAUCAGCAUGCUUGAAGAUUCGGAUGUCCUGGUCACAAAAUUCGGCGAUGAGGUGAUUGGAACGGUGAUAAUGGGUUGGGUAGAUGGAGAAACAAAAGGCAAGAGACGCAAGUGGAGAGCUGAGAUCAAGGGCUGGGCAGUAAGACUACGAUACCGCGGCAAGGGCGAAGGCAUAGCUCUGCUACAAGAAGCUGUCAAUCUGGCCAAGAAAAAGGAUGCUGACGGUAUUUCGUUUGCGCCCGACCAUGCAAAUUCCAGACGCGUUCUUUGGGAUUUCUACAACGGACCUUUCGACAAGCAAGAGAGGAAGGCAGAGGCCAAAUUGGAGGCAAUGUGGGACAACAAUGCAAAAACCACAAAGUCGAAGAGACGAUGA